GGGCGAGCGGCCGACAUGGCGCCCUCGCCGAGGCUCGUGGUUUCCCUGGCCAUCCUGGCGGUUCUGCUCGGCGGGGCUCCCGGGGCCCUCGGGCGGCGGGGCGACGUGCGCGUCAUCACGGACGAGAGCUGGAGAGAGUUGCUGGAAGGAGAGUGGAUGAUUGAAUUCUAUGCUCCAUGGUGUCCUGCUUGUCAAAAUCUACAACCCGAAUGGGAGAGUUUUGCUGAAUGGGGAGAAGACCUCGAGGUGAAUGUUGCCAAAGUGGAUGUCACAGAGCAGCCAGGGCUCAGCGGACGAUUUGUGAUAACUGCUCUUCCUACUAUUUAUCAUUGUAAAGAUGGUGAAUUUAGGCGUUACCAGGGCCCACGGACUAAGAAGGACUUCAUAAACUUCAUAAGUGAAAAAGAAUGGAAGAGUAUUGAACCUCUUUCGUCAUGGUUUGGGCCUGGCUCUAUUCUGAUGAGCAGUAUGUCGGCACUCUUCCAGCUGUCUAUGUGGAUCAGGACUUGCCACAGCUAUUUCGUGGAGGGCCUGGGCUUGCCCGUGUGGGGCUCGUACGCAGUCUUUGCUCUCGCAACCCUGCUUUCUGGACUGUUCUUAGGACUUUGUAUGAUAUUUUUGGCAGAUUGCCUUUGCCCUUCAAAAAAGCGCAGACCACAGCCAUACCCUUCAAAAAAAUUAUUACCAGAAUCUUCUCAACCUUUGAAAAAAGUGGAGGAGGAGCACGAGACUGAGGAAGAAGAUGUUUCAGAAGAGGAAGCCGAAAGGAGAGGCCCAAGCACAGACUUGGCGCAGGGUGCCAUCAGACAGCGUUCUGUGGGCCCUUUGCCAGCCACAGAGAAAUCUUAGUUAAUUUUCAUAAAUAUUUUACCAUGGUUUUGACAAAGAAGACCAUUUCGGGGGGUUUGGAGUGAACCCUUACUUGACUUUACAGUGCAGGGUACAGAAUAGAUUGUCAUUAGAUUGAGCAAUGUAUCUCCAGAAAAUAAAGGUAGUACCUAGGUAUAAUUGUUUGAAAUAUGAUUUAUGACUAGCAUGGUGGUUUUAACAAUUCUUUAAUCUUUGAAAAAUUUGGUGCCAAGCAGUAAGAUGUGAGGUAAACUUGUUUAAUGAUAACUUGUCCUAAGCCUGAGUUGAGAAUUUACAUUUCCAAGUAUUGCAUUAUUGGAGUAUUUAAGAAGAGGUACUAACAGAUUUACUUUAGAGAAAAGUUUCUCAUUUGAUAUAAUUUUUCUUAGUUUCACUGUGUGAAAAAAACAACAACCUAUUUCCCAUAAAUGGGAAUUUUGCCCAUUGUUUAAAGGAAUGUAUGUUUUAAUGACAACUCUGUGAUCUUUUUAGAGAUAUGAUCCUGAAGCUUCUCAUUGAUAGAUUAUGCAGCUGAUAAAAAACUACCUUACUUUAAUCAGAGUUGUCUGGUAAACAGAAUAUGUUACUUUUUAGGCAGCUUUUCUGAGUCCGUGGUGUUGUUUUGAUUCCUAUAAAGUUGGUGAUUGCCUCUUUUGUUCCCCUCUCUUCAGUGUAUGGUUUGUCUUUUUCUAUUUACCAUGAGCUAGCUACUUUUGAAUUUUCCCAGUUAAAGUAAAUGGUAAUCAUUUGGAUUAAAAAAAAAUUUUUUUUUGGUAGAAAGAGUGCUUUUUACUUUGGUUUUGUUUCAUACUGAAAGAUCCUUAAAAUUGGAGAGCCAUCAAUAGAAUAUUUAAAAUUUUGGCCACUCAUCUCAGAUAUUCCCAUUGGGCUUGUUGAACCUCUACACGAACGUUUUCCUUUGGAUGUGAAGUUGAAUGCUCAUUUCUUAUUUGAUGUGUGGUGAACAUUCCUUUUCUUAUUUGCCACUGUGGAGGAGCCUUAUAUUUGCAUAUCCAAAGCUCAGAGAAGCUUCAUUUGAUAGAAAAUAAAGUUUGCAUUCUACUCAGGAAAAAAUACAGUGUUUUCAAUGUAUUUUUGUUUAUACAUACACGAAGUUCUUAAUUGAUUUUUAAAAGUCAGUGUAUGCUUGGUAUUUUUCAUUGUAACAAUUCGUAAAAUGGCACACUCUCCUGUAUUUUGUUAACUUUCAGUGUGUGGUGUUUCACAGGUGGAGGUCAGCAGGAUGGCUCAUUAAAGCUGCUUUUACUUUGUAAAGACUUAGAACACAGUUGUUCACUUUCGGGAAGAGGUGAGGGUGCUAGAGGAAUCAUAUUUACUACAAACACAGACAAAAAGAAGCAGAUUCCGAAUGAAUCACCUGUUCAUUACGUAGUAGAUGGUUUCUGUAAUGCCUCCUUUCUCCUGGGUUCUGCUGUGGUGUGAAUCCACCAGAUUUUUAGUAUCCUAAGGCACAACAGUUUUCUAGAAUGUUAAAUACUCUGUCAUUGAAGAGUCUGGAUGUAUAAUUUUGUAAUGCUUUAGAAAAAUAUCCUUAGCACAAAAUAAACUUUUUAAAGCACUUCGUGUAACCCUGAA